AUGGAUCAAACCGAGUCCAAUACGAAUGAAAUGGAAUGCAAUCAGAGACGAACUCCUUCAACAGAAAGUACUCUUGGUGCAAAAACAGCUGAAGUAAAAAGUCAAUCUGAAGACGUUCAACCACCCACUGGAGAAAUAAAAGAUGCUGGUAAAAGUGAUCCCGAAAAAGGCAAUAAAGAGAAAAAACAAACCGUGUCCAAUCAGGAAAAUUUUGGAUGCAAUCAGAGACAAUCUAAUCCAAUAGAAAAUACUCCUGAUACAGGAGCAGCUGAUGUAAACAUACAGCCUCACAAAGAUGAGAAAAAGACAGAAGAAGAGUUAGAAGGAAGUGAAAGUGCUUCUGAUUAUACAUCUGAAAAAGACCCUGAAGGAGAGUCUUCAAAUGAAAGUACACCAGGCGCCGAAGCAGAGUUUGAUGAGGAAGAACUUCGCAUAGUUUUAUUGGGGAAAACAGGAAGUGGAAAAAGUGCAACAGGCAAUACUAUCCUUGGAAAAAGAAUGUUUGUAGAAUCAUCUUCUGCAAAGUCAGUCACCAAGGAAUGUCAAAGAGAACACAUUUCAAGAUUUGGAAAGGAUAUUCAGGUUAUUGAUACUCCUGGAUUGUUUGAUACAGAUAUCCCUAAUUCGGUUGUGCAACUAGAAAUAUCAAAAUGCAUAGCUAUUAGUGCACCAGGUCCACACGCAUUUAUUUUAGUUCUCGGGCUAACCAGAUUCACCCAAGAGGAAUACGCCGCUGUACGUCAUUUUGUCGAUCGUUUUGGAGAUGAUAUUUAUGAUUUUUUUAUAAUACUCCUUACAGGAAAAGACAACUUAGAUUAUGAGAAUAAAACACUAGAUAAUCAUUUCGAAACCCUACCAGACAACCUAAAAACAUUUAUAGAAAGAUGUGGCAACCGAUGCAUAUCCUUCAACAAUAGGUCAAACGAAGCAGAAAAAGAAAAACAAGUGAAAAAUCUCUUGAAAAUGAUUGAAGAAAACACCCAUAGAAAUGGAAAGAAGUAUUACACGGAUGUAAUAGAGUAUCGAAAGCUCUUAGACGAGAAGAAAAGAAACAAAAACUUAAAGGAGGCAAAAGAAAUAGCACGAAAAGAAGCAGAGAAAUCGAAAUGGUUUAUGAAAAGGUACUUUCAUAAAUUUAGACGAUGGUUUGGAACAAUUAAAGAGGACAAGGAUAUUGAGAAAAAAUGUGAAAUGGAAGCAGAAGGUGAAAUGGAAGCAGAAGAAGAAAAAGACAGAGAGCACGAUGAAUAA